AUGGAUGACCUCAAAAUGGGCCUCAGGGUCUGCGAAACCGAGCACGGUAUCCUCAAUAUCGCCCCAGAAGUCCUCGGAACCAUCCGAGAUUUCUACCGAGAGAUCCUCGACACCAUCCGAGACUUCUACCGAGAGGUCCUCGACACCAUCCGAGACUUCUACCGAGAUAUCAUCCAGCUCAUGAUCAACUACGUGGCCCUGGCAUUUGCAAUCAUCCUCCUGAUUGCCACUGUCCUCUUUAUGGUCGUUCUUGUUGCCAAACCAGAGAUCCUGGUCAAGGCCCUCUUGGGCUAA